UUAUAUAUCUCAUAAAUAAAUUCUUUGCCCUCUCUCUUUCCAACAACCUUUUUCCAUUAAUUUUCUUCGAUUUAUUCUUUCUUCUUCUUCUUCAGGUAAGGAGUCAUUGUGAUAAUGGUUCUUAGUGCUUGAAUCAGCAAAGGGAUCUUUACAUUCCAAAGUUGUUGAUGGCCAAUCUGGAUUCUGAGAUAUUGCCAGCAGAGGAUGCACAUGGUGCUCCAUUUGACUUCAACGAAUUUGUGUCGUCUAUGGAACCGCAUCAUUCAACUGAUACGUUAUCAAUAUACUUGGAAUCAUGUAAGCCCUUUCGGGUGACUAACCCUGAGUCUUCUAACAAUCUGGACGGGCCAAAUAUCUCUUGUACAAAAACCCUUGUUGACGACCGGUUUAACUCUAUUGUCUUAACUGAAUGCUCUGAUCUGAGACAUAAUGAUGGAGAAGAUAGUAGUAUAGCUAAUGAAAUUAAACGUUCAUCAACUCGGAAAAGUACCCGCAAGAUUCCAUCCAACCAAAUUACUGAUAACAAGUUGCCGAUGAGAAAAAGCAGAAGAACUUCUGGAAGGAAGUUAACAUCAGAUUUACUUGCUGCAGAUGUUCGAAGACGGCAAAGAAGUGAUUUGGCUAGGCGAGCGCGUCCUUCAGCAUGGGGAUUUGGAGGAAAAAUUGAUGAAAUUUUCAAGCAUAAUGCAGAAGAAUAUGCCAAUGUAAAUGAACUUGUAGAAUCAAAAAAGGGAAGGAUUGUUCAUAGAGGUAGCAAGAGGAAUACUGAUUUUAUGAAUCAAACUAUUCAAAAUUCACUAGGCGAAUCUCAAGCUAUAAACAAAGGUCUUCUUUUGAAGUUAAAUUUAGGGACAAUGGCUAUUCAAAAUUGUCAAGUUAAUACGAUACCUGACAUGGAUAAAGAUCUUGAAAUUUACAGGGAGAUCGAUAUAGAAGCUCCCACUUCACAAAUUGAUAUACACAACAAAGAGGUCUCCAGGGCUUCUCAUGAGACCUUGGUAUCAUCAAAAUCGUCUGUUAUCGACAUGCUUUAUGCAGAAAAGGAAAGACAUGACGACUUGCAUGUCAAAAUUAGCAGCGAGAUUAAUGAGAUGACAGGAAUAGGAGAGUCAAUUGAAAGUAGGUGUUUAGAUCCUGGAACUUCACCCGAUUCCGAAGUUAUUAAUGUGAUGUUAGAGACUCAAAAUAGUGGGAGUACCACAGAAGACAUCCUGGUUACCGCAAAAGAUUGUAUAUCCCAUCCAUUGGGUGAUUAUGUUGUUGGAAGUGGAAUACCUAGUCCGGAAAUCAUCAAUGAUGUUUUAAGUGAGAAACAAAUUGAAGGUUCAUGGUCUAAUGUAGCAUCUAUGUCAAUAACCAAUGGUGUUACUUCUAGCAACACCUCAAGCAAGGAAGGAUGUCCAAUGGAACCAUUGCAGGAGACCAAAAUUGCAGUUUCCAGUGAUAUGUUGGCAGUUGGUAGUAUCAUGCAAGGUGAUAUUACCAUCGCUGGGAUCAAUUCGUUGGAAUCAAAAUCCAAUGGUCAGAGUCUUCAGAAAAGUUCAAAUUCAAAAUCUUUUUUGAAUCUGAAAACAACCAAUUAUGAGCAGAAAGGGUUACAUGUUAAGUUGACUUCUAUGGGGGAAGUCAAGGAGAAGAGUGGUAAGGCCCAGGCAGAAUGUGAUUUAGAAAGUCAUCGAGUAACAGUAAAUUUUGAAAAGAAUGAUAUUAGAGGGCUAGAAGGGGGUUCCAAAAACACUGCUGAACCUUUAUCCAACUCAAAUAUUGUGCCUAGUGAGGGUGACGGUUGUCAGGUAUUGCCACAAAGUGCCUGGGUGUGCUGUGACGAUUGUCAUAAAUGGAGACGUAUAUCAGCUAUACUUGCAGAUGAUAUUGAAUUAACAAAAUGCAGAUGGAUCUGCAAGGACAACAAGGAUAAAACAUUUGCGGACUGCUUAAUUCCACAAGAAAUGUCAAAUGCUGAUAUUAAUGAAGAAUUGGAAUUGUCUGAUGCAUCUGGUGAUGAAGAUACUAGUAAUACACAUGUAAAUUCCAGUCAGUUAGGACAUAAGCAACCAACAGAUUCUCUACAGCCCUCUUGGAAGCCUAUAAAGACAAACAUGUUUUUGCAUCGCAACCGUAAAAAUCAACCUAUUGAUGAGGUUAUGGUCUGCCACUGCAAACCUCCAUUAGAAGGCCGCAUGGGGUGUCGGGAUGAAUGCCUAAAUAGGAUGCUGAACAUAGAAUGUGUAAAAGGAACGUGCCCCUGUGGGGAUUCUUGUUCGAAUCAACAGUUCCAAAAACGCAAGUAUUCCAAACUUAAAUGUGUCUCAUCUGGAAAGAAGGGUUUUGGGCUUCAGUUGCUAGAGGAUAUCCCCAAAGGAAGGUUCCUUAUAGAAUACGUGGGGGAGGUGCUUGAUAUGCCUGCUUAUGAGGCCCGGCAAAGAGAAUAUGCUUUAAAGGGCCAUAAGCAUUUCUAUUUUAUGACAUUGAAUGGCAGUGAGGUAAUAGAUGCUUGUGCUAAAGGAAAUUUGAGUCGUUUUAUUAAUCACAGCUGUGAACCAAAUUGUCGCACCGAAAAGUGGAUGGUGAAUGGUGAAGUUUGCGUUGGACUCUUUGCAUUAAGAGAUAUUAAGAAGGGGGAAGAGCUGACAUUUGAUUACAACUAUGUAAGGGUUUUUGGUGCUGCUGCCAAAAAAUGUGUAUGUGGCUCAGCAAGGUGCAGGGGUGUUAUUGGUGGUGAUCCACUAAAUGACGAAACAGUCGUUCUAGGUGAUUCUGAUGAUGAAUUGCCUGAACCUGUUACAUUUGGCGAGAACGCUAACAAUAAGCUGGAUCAUAGAGUAUCUGAAGCACAGACUGUCAAAAGCACUUCUAAAAAUGAUGAUGAUGAAAUAGACCAUUUUCUUGUUGCUGCUGACAUGGAGAAUGCCCAAAAGGGUGAAAGUCCUGAUUCUUUGUUGGUCACAGAUGAGAAAGAUGAUGAUCCUGCAAUUCCUUUUGAAUCUACAGAUAGAGAAGUUUCCUUUGAAAGGUCUUCUUCUGAAACUAAAGUAGAGGAUCUAUUGUCACUCGAUACUUCUAAAGAGAAUGACGUGAAGAGUGAAAUCACUUCUCGAGAUGCACUGGAGGUAUCAAUUGAAAGGUCUUCUUCUGAAAGUAACCUAGACCAUUCAGGACUAUUGUCAUUCGAUUCUUCUUCUAAAGUGAAUGAUGUGAAGAGUGAAGUUGCUUGUCGAGAUGCACUUGAUGAUGGUCCUGCAGAGAAAGAUAUGAAAAUUCCAAAGAAGAAAUCCAAAUUGCGCAAAAAGCUAAAGGAGUUCACAAUUGCAAAGCCAAAGUCUCGCUCAAAAUUACCUUCUUCAUCAUCAGCAGUGAAGAAAGGGAAAUUCAGAAGUAUGCAACCACAGAUAGAUAAGAAGCCACUGGUAGAGCCUCAAAAACCUAAAAAGCUAGUGGUAGAUAACUUAACUGGUCACUUUGAAGCAGUUGAAGAGGCACUUAAUACUCUGCUAAAUGAGAAUAAGGGGAUAAGCAAACGAAGAGAUGCUUCGAAGGGAUAUCUAAUGCUUUUAUGUCGUACUGCUUAUGGUGGCAACGGGAAAGGCAUUCAAAGCAAUCGUGAACUUUCUAUUAUUCUGGGUGCACUCCUGUUAACAAAAUCUCGAACAGUUUUGCUCGACAUUAUUAACAAGAAUGGCUUGCAAAUGUUACACAUCUUACUGAAGCGUUACAGAAAGGAUUUCGAUAAGACCCCAAUACUGCGAAAGCUUCUCAAGAUUUUUGAAUAUCUGACUGAAACGAAGAUACUUACGUUGGAAGCUAUCUUAAAGCCGUCUCCUCAUGGAGGUGAAAGCUUGAAGGAAUCAAUUUUGUCAUUUACAGAGCAUGAGAACAAGCAGGUACAUCAAAUUGCGAGAAAUUUUCGAGAUCGGUACAUUCCAUGGCAUGCCCGAAGAGGUAAUCGGGUAGAAAGGGACACUGAAAGGAUGGAAUUUCAACAAACUUCUAACUUCAAAAGUCCUCCAUUACAAAACACUCAUUUUUCUAAUCGGGAAAGAAGACCUGAAGUUGCAGAUAACUCCAUUAAACAAUCGCUUGGUGGACAUAGACCUAGAGUUGAUGCGAGGAACCCUGAAGGUUCUUCUGCGUCAUGUUUAAGUAGUGGCACUGAACGAACUAGAAUACGAAAGCGCAAAAGUCGGUGGGAUGAGGACGAUGAGGGGAAAUCAAACAUCGAGAUUUCACCAAACAAACAAUCUAGGAAAGUAACUGAUCACAUAUGUCACACAGUCCAUGAAAAACAGCAAAGCAUUGAUGAGGAUGCCAAUAUGGAUGCGGUUGCGGAUGCUCCCCCUGGAUUUCCAUCUCCUGAUAACCAUCAAUUGUUUCCAUUUAAUCCAUCACCGCAACCCAUGGAAACCGCCCACCAAAAAUCCGUGAUGGGUCAACCACAAGAAAGGUACAACUCACGGUUACCUACCGCCUUCGGGAUUCCAUGUUCUGUUCUGAAAAAAACUGGGACACCCAAAAGUGAAAUUUCAGAGAGUUGGAUUGUUGCUCCAGCAAUGACUUUUCAUCCUUAUCCACCGUUACCUGUAUACCCUCGUGUAAAAGAACGAAUCCCAGGGUCAUUCAAUCAGCCAAAUUUUCAAACAUUUAAGAACCCUAAUAUGGUUGAUAGGAGAUACUUCAAGCAACAAAAGUGGAAUAACUUGAGAUCGAGUCACCCGUGGAACCCUCACAAGUAUGGGCCUGCAGGGUUUAAUGGACCAAGACAGGCAAAUGUAGGUGUGGGGUAUGGAGGGAAUGAAGCCAAUGGUACGUACAACACAGGAAACUGUGAGAAUGGUUUUUAUCAACAGCCAUAUCAGUGAUUUUAUAGGAGAGAAUUUAUUAUUAUGUUUUGUUCCGUGUAGUCAAAGUUGGUAAUUCUAGUUGACAUCAGAAAGUCGAUAUCUCAUUUAUGCGUUGAACUUCACCUCAAUUUUUAUACAGCCAAAGUCAUUGUCGUUACAGAUAGCUAUACCUGCUUGUGUACAAGAUUAUUCGCCUCAAAGAGGUAAAGCUUUCAUCCUUGAGCUUCUUUGACUUAUAUUGAGGUAUCAUGAAAUAAAAUAACAUUUAUUUGUCUGCU